CAACUAUUCAAUGUGUCAUCUCUCUUCUCAUUCAUUCCUUUCUCAAUCUUUGCCUUCUCUUCUUGACUUGCUCACUUUCAUUUUCGCAUUUCUGUGCACUCUUCUUUCUUCCCUGUUUCGUGCACUCUUUUCUACCCACACUCUAGCCCUGCACUCGACAACUCACUUUUUACUCUCUCUUUUCUCUCUCUUUUCUCUCUCUUUUCUCUCUCUUUUCUCUCUCUUUUCUUUUCUCUCUCUUUUCUCUCUCUUUUUACUCUCUUUUUACUCUCUUCCUCUCCCUCUCUUUCCCUUCCUCCCGCUCUCUCCCUCUCUCUAUUUUCUUUUCCCCUCCUCUUCUCUCAGUUAACUACUAAUUUCUUGUAAAGAAAAAAACUGUUUUAUUCUUAGGAGCAGGGCAGCAACACUAUCAUCACCAUGAAGGCCUGGGGCCUCGGCAGCUUCUUUUCGUCGUUGGCCAUACCUGUAGGGCUUCAAAAGAAACUACUGAGCUUUUUGCUUCAACGAGCCAUUGGUCACUUUUUGGAAGAUGACCUGGAUUUGGAAAAGCUUGAUAUUGAGCUCUCAAACGGCAUUGUACACCUGACUGACUUAAAGCUCAGCACUAGGGCACUGAAUGGUUUUACUGCUGGGACUCCACUCGCAGUUACGCAGGGCCAUAUUAGUUCCAUCACCGCAACAAUUCCUUGGCGUAACCUUUGGAAUGGACAGUGUGUGCUUGAGAUCGACGGGAUCGAUGUUACCCUCGUACCCGUGCAAUGUGAUCGUACAACCAGCACAGAUAGUCAAGAUGACCACAUUUUGUCCUCUUCUAUUGGACUAGCCAACGAUUUCUUACAAGCAGUAGACAAAGAAGAGGUUGCAAUUCAGGAAACGCUGUUACAGACAUUUCAGAGUCAUGUUACACAAUCUACUCAUUCGGGUAUGCCAGGGGAUUUUAAUUCUAGGCCAACUACAAGACCUCCAACUUCCAAUCAAGAAUUCCCUAGUACAUCAACCUCAAUACCAUCGUCUGCACUAGGCAGCGAAGAUUCUGUCUCAGAGGGUGAGGGUAUUCAAUUCGUGGCGAAGCUUAUCGAGAAACUGAUGGCUAGGAUCCAAAUUAUUUGCAAACGAACAACCAUCCGUCUACGCCAUAGCUCCAGUCUUCCUCUCACAAAGUCACAUGCCCGCCGACCUCAUGAGGAGAAGUUGCAGUAUGAGCUGGAGAUCCGACUACCCUAUAUUGGGUACCGUGAUGAAACUCCAGGAUGGGAUCAAUUAGCAACCAGUAUGGAUGCAUCAAGCAUUCGUUCCGAGUCCGUUUCAGGUUCUACUGUGCUUGAAGAAUCCGUUAUGCCUAGUGUCAUUUGGCAGGAAUCACCAGAAUCUUCGAUCAAAACCAUUGUUUUCAAGGGUUUCUCUGUUUGGAUCAAGCAAAAAGGUGACAGCGGGAAACCGGUGGCACAAUCGAGUCUUACUUCAGCGUCUGUAUUAGAUGAUACCAUAUGUGAAGCUUUAGGUAGCCAGGAUAACCAAUCAGACUCGGACACAGAUAUCUUUUCAGAUGCGCAUGAGAAUUUCUCACAAUCCAUGGUUGCAUCACAGAUCGCCCCGCGGCAGCCUAUUUUCCGGUCAACAUCAUCAGCAACAAGCAACCAGCAAACUUCACAAGAGUGCUAUGCGGCGGAAAUCCUCUCAACAUUGCAACAUAAAAAUCGUAUCAAAGUCAAUAUUAGGAAAAAUGCUACAAUGACCACAGGUUCCAGUCAGGCACAGGCUCAAACCACUACGAAGUCGCUCUUGGACAUUGACUUUCACUUGCGUACCAUGCUCAUUGCACUUGCGCCAAAUCAAAUUGCCUUCAUUCUGGAGAUUCUAACGCUAAUUGAUAAUGCGUCAGGGGUAGAAGCUAUUCAGUGUCAAAAGAAACCCCCAAACAUAGGACGUACUGUUGAUACCAAUAUCAAUAACAGAAGCAGGCAAGACAUAAGUACACACAGGACUAACUAUAGUGGUGUGACAGCGGCUGAAGGGGAACGAAGUCUUCAGGAACCUCGGUCAGACUCAAUCGCGGAGCACAGUUCACCCAUAUAUUCUCAUUCAUCGCUCUCUCCCAAUCGACAGCACCCUACGGACCCCAUCAGAACAUCUCAACUGAAAACGGAAGCUCGGCACUAUGAUUUUGAUAAGUCUCUAGAAACAAUGGACUCGAAAACUGUUACGCCACUGUCUGUUGCUUCAUUAGAAUCGCCCAGGUUUUUAAGCGGGCCUUCAUACACAGACGCCCGACCUACAGCCUCAACUUCUUCCAGCGCAGUGCCUAGUAUCGAAUCCUCUCAAACUAUCAAGUUGAAGGCCCGCAUUAGCAUACUUCAAUUAUUUGUUCUUUACGAUGAUCCGGAAUCGCAGCACCAUAUCCCUACGGAGAUGAGUUUUUAUAAGAAUCCUACACCAGAGGCAUUAAGGGCAGACCAUUCCAAAUUUGAAGUGGACAGCAUGGUCCUUCGAUACCAGCAAUGGGUAUCUCCAGAUGCAUGCUCUGGGCAAAAACCUACAAAAUCAACUAAGGGUCAGAUUGACUUCACACUCAAUAAUUUCACAGUCGCUGAGUGGAUUCAAGCUGCACCAAGACCAUAUGACUUAUCGGCCUGGAGCCCAACAUCAGAUGAUUACCGGAUUCCGCCUCGGCGGCAAUAUAUACCCAUCAUUGAGUUUGAUACUGAUCAGGAUACGCUUCUUCAAGCAUCACCAACAUCAAAAUUCCCAACACUUCAUAUCCCUGAUCGCUACCUGAAUGAACGCACGCUUCUAUUGCGAGCCAAGAAAAACAAGCGACAACCUGAACUGGCGAGGUCAACCUUGAUUCCUGAUGUAGAGCCCAAUGUUUCGGAAAAAGAGACAUCUGGAGGCACUACAAAGGAAGUGGUCCGUAUGCGCGUGCUAUUGAAUCCUAAAAAAGAUAGCUCUAAAUCAAGCAUGCCUUCUCCAGACGCAGCAACAGCGAUGUCCCCUGGUGGCUUUACUCGAGAGGUCACUAUCGAAGUCAAGCCAGUACAAGUACAUAUUGAUUUGUUCACUCUUCAGCGACUUGAGAAAUGCUUGCUUGCUAUCAUAGGCCCAGGCCAGACUGCUCAAGCUGGUUUAGAGAACCAAGUUAAUGGAUCAAGCCUUAAGCCACAACGAGCGAUGGAGCAACAAAUCAUAGAUGAUCUUGAUGCCAAUCAAAAAAAUACCAAGACUAAAACCAGGCUUCGUCUGCGCCUGAAUUCGGUUCAAUUGUGGGUCUCUGUGCCAGAUAUUGGUGAAGUGCUAGAAGGGAAGGAGGAGACAGGCCCUGAGUAUCGAUCUCAUUACGAUAUGCUAUCUAUCAACGUUAUGAAGCUAGUCCUCACGCAAGCAUCCGAUGGAACGAGGGGGUCGGAAGCGAUCGAAUUCGGGCCUGGAAGUUCUCCGGAAUCAUAUGCGCCCAAGACUAAAAUUGACUUUGUUAACUCAUCGGUGUUUAUCAUCCCUAAAUUUCAAACAACUUCAAGAGCGGUAGUGUAUAUUGGCUCUUUAACUAGUCAUCCUACCUCCUAUUCAGGGCUCAACAAUUCCCCACUGCCAAAUAUAGAAAUUACAACUCGAUCACCUGGGGCCUUACCAUUACAUUAUGAACGACCAAUUUUGUCUGGUUAUCCUCAGAACCUAAAUCUACGAGCGUUUACAGUACUGGAAGAUGAGGAAAAUAUUCACAACACUACAGAUGAGGAAGUGGAGCUUCUUCAGCUCAAGCAGCGCACGAUUGAGACGUCUCUCCUGGUAAUAAACACUCAACUUCCACUGGUCGCCGUCCACUUGCACAAAGCAGAUUUGGAUAACCUCCAGAUGCGUUUAAAUGAUCUGAGCACCUGGUUGACAAUAUUUUCAGAAAGACUUGUAGCAAAAAUGCCAUCGCUGUCAACACCACCCUCCAGACUGGACCAAACAAAUGCCCAAGAUGGGUUUGUGCGGCCACAGCAUGAGUCAUUGGACAUUGGAAAUGAUGGGCAUAACAACUUUCAUGAAACCUACAAUAACGAUUGGAGGAGCAGCCACGAGGACCCUUUUCGGGACGACCAAAGUGAACAUGGGACAGAUAGGUCCACUGCCUAUGGCGAGGAACUUCGAAACCAAGCAAGGGAUAAUCCAUUCACCUCUUCAACAGACCGUAACUCCCAUUAUUACCAAUAUCAACCAAGUCUUGUUAAACCGACUAUGGCAUCAGCUCUGAUAUAUGUUCAAACAGUUGAGGUUAUUUUGGACUACCCUACAAAGGCAACGAUCUUUGGAGAUGAUGGCAUCAAGUCAUACCAGAUCAAUAUCGGUGACACAAAAGUCUUCGCCGCAGCGAAAUAUCAAGGCGGCAAUGAGAAUUAUCUUUACGUUGAUGCUGAAGAACUGGAGGUUUAUGAAGUCACUGCUCAAAAACCCAAAGUACUUUUAUUGGCAAGAACCAUUCCGAAAAAUAUUAAGCUAAAGUUGCCGAAACCAAUGCUCCAUUUGACAAGCAUAUUGUCAUUUGACCCAGAGAUAAAAUUCAAGGCAAACGAUAUCAAUCUUGCAUUUACUGGCAUUUCAUGGAAAUUUUCGAUUGAACAGACAGCUGUUGACGAUAUACAAGAUUUCUUUGCUGAGCCGGAGAAUAUUAUAUAUUAUAACCCACCCCAGCAGCGCACUCGAAUUGCGGUUAGUUUAUCUGAGUGCUGCAUGGAUUAUAAGCCCCUUCAUAUACCCUCGCGCUUCGUUCUUUCGUUUGAAAAGAUGAAGGUCUUUUCCACAUUGGUUCCAGAAUCACCAACUCUCAAGUCCAAGGUUCAAAUCUAUAACAUGGCUUUGUUACUGAUUGACCAUAUUCAAAGCAUUCGGACCCCACAUUUCCCUGUUAUAGGCUCCUCAAGUCCUGGAAUUGAUUCUAAACAUUAUUGGCGUCUACUCGGCUUUGCAUUGGUUGGACAGUGUCCAUUCUUUGAACUGAAGUCAAUCAAGAGCAAGAACGGUCAGCUCCCAUUGUACGACCUUGUGAUCACAAAUAAUAUCUUUUACCUGGAGACUUGUUCAGAUUCAUUUGAUACGCUAAUGAAGCUGGCAGCUUAUAUGGGUGAUAACGGUGAUAUGCCGAUUGAGAAAAAGAAAAUUCUGGAGCGACUCGCGGAGGCAGAACGAGCCGCCAAUCGUGCGAAAUCCAAUGUAGUCUACCAAGAUGUUUUAGCAAGUCUGGAUGAGGACGCAUUUCGAAAACCUGGUACCGAUCCAGAAGUGGGAAAUGCUGGAACGUUGGACUUCACUGAGGGUUUCUUCUCUGUGGAACAAGAUGAUUCCGAUAGCGAUCUUUUCAAAGCUCAGAUGCGUGAUACUCCUAAUGUGGACGGAUUUCAUGAAGUGUAUGCCGAUUUACUUGGAGACAUGUCUAUAGAUAAUGGAAUAUGCGAAGAAGCAAGUACUAGAUCUCUUGGUAAACAGGCUGAGAAGGGGAACAGUUCGAAAUCCAAGCACAGAUCCCUUUCAUCCGCAGUCCAUGAAGCUGACUUACAGACAGGAAACCAAACACAAGACUUCGGGAUAUCAACACAGACUAAUAAAAGGAUCAGCCAGGAAAAAGUCAGACGAAGCGAGUCUACUCGGCCAAGCGGUCAUAUGCGCAUGGAAAGCGAGGCUGAUGGCAAAGUUAUUAUACUUGAUUCUGAAUAUGAACUUACGCUUGUUGAAGAUCACUUCUUCAUCCCUAUUCUGACAGAAGAGGAGAAAGCCAGAGAAGAAAAAUCCCAAGCCAAACUGCGUUUGCGCAUACGAGAUUUUAAUUUCUCGUGGCGUUUGUACGAUGGUCUGGAUUGGGAAAUUUCCAGAUUGGACGAAGCAGAACGAAAGAAACAAGCUAGACAGUUUACUAAUAGAUUCUAUGACACUAACGACCCCGCUCAUACUGCUGUUGAUACCCCGCAGUCUAACCUGGAUGCCAGUAUCUUUGAACGCAUCUCAGGCGUGCAAGCCAGCUCAUCAGACCGCUUCGGUGGACAAUAUCGAAAGGAGAUGUCACAAUCUUCCUCUGAAGCUGAUUCAAAUAGUGAUUACCAGAAUGAUUUAAUGAGCCAAGUCAGUGGCAUGGGAACUCGCUCUUCUUCUAAGUCCUCUAUUUCUGGCAACAGAAGAUCUACAUCUCAACAUCAUCAUUACCAACACUCAAAUGGAAGCAGCACUGCGCAUCACGAGAGUGGUAAGCGUAAGAAGAGCCAGCAAUUGGAGAGAUCCAAAACUGCCAUGAUUGAAUUUAAUGCAGAUAAGGUGCGACUUGACUUCGAGGAUUAUAUACAAGGUAUUCCUACAGCCUCACAUCUCUCUCUAAGAGUUAAACAAUUUGAAAUCAUUGAUAAUCUCAAGACUUCUCUCUGGCACAAGUUUCUGUCGCUUCAGCGCCCUGAUUCUCAUACAGCUACACCACGUUUGACACAAUCGAGCAUGAUCCGGAUCGAUUUGGAUGGCGUUCGGCCUGUGGUGAACGCAUCCACGGUAGAACAGAGGCUCAAUGUAAGGAUUUUGCCUCUUAGACUUUAUGUUGACCAGGAUGCUCUCAUAUUCUUGAUCAAAUUCUUUGUCCAAAGCAGCAGCUUUGGAGGAAAUGGCCCCAUUUAUUCGAAUGACCCAUCGCUCGAAGGCAUAGCUACUACUCCUGAGACUUUGGAGAAAAAGAAGCCAAAUGAGAUGUAUUUCCAAUCGGUCAAAGUUGGAGAAAUUUCCGUUAAGGUCGACUACAAACCAAAACAUGUUGACUACACUGGCUUAACAGGAGGUAACUUUGUAGAGCUCAUGAAUUUCUUCCACCUUGACGCCGCCGAGAUGACACUACAGGCAGUUAGACUUCAUGGGGUCAAUGGGAUCGUUAAAUUGGGUCAAGAUCUUAUUGCGGCAUGGUUGCCUCAUAUCCGAUCCACACAAGUGCCACACAUGGUGUCUGGCCUCACGCCUAUCCGGUCUCUUGUCAAUUUGGGUUCAGGUAUUGCAGAUCUAGUGUUGCUGCCCAUUGAACAGUAUAAACGUGAUGGACAUAUCAUCCGUGGUUUGCAGCGAGGAGGUCAAGCAUUUACUAGAGCAACAACACUGGAAGCGCUCAAGAUUGGUACCAAAUUAGCGGUCGGGACACAAGUACUUCUGGAGCAUGCAGAUGAAAUUUUUGGGUCUGUGAAUGCUACUGGCCCUACCAACUCCAGUGCCAUGGCAGUAGCAGCAGCGAGUUCAGACAGAGACCGACAUUAUCAUCACCAACAUUAUUCUCGCAAUGAAAACAACAUUGACUCAGAUAUCUUUGGUGGAAAACGAGUCGUGGCUACGAUGGUAUCUGACUCUGAGGCAUACAUGGAAGAGUCCAUUGAUAAUGAAGAUAUGCUGCUGCAACAUCUUCGUUACCAACAACAGCAACAGCUACUUCAGCAGCAGGAUGCUGGCCAAGGCACUUCCUCCUCAUCUUCAUCUACAUCAACGAUUGGUGCUCAGAGCAAAUCUAACAAGGUUAGCAAAUAUGCUAAUCAACCUGCGGACAUCAACGAAGGCAUGGAGCUGGCGUAUAAAGCCUUGAGCAAGAACAUUGGCACGGCAGCACAUACGAUCUUUGCAGUUCCCAUGGAGGUCUAUGAGAAGACGGGGGCGCAAGGAUCUGUUCGGGCUGUUAUCCGUGCGGUGCCUGUUGCAGUUCUCAAACCGAUGAUUGGAGCGACUGAAGCAUUUUCAAAGGUCUUGAUUGGAUUGAGGAACAGUAUCGAUCCUGCACAGCGGGUACAGAUGGAGGACAAGUACAAGAAGCAGUAGUUUAAACAAAGUUUUAAGAAAGCAAGAUAUUUCUCCAUGGAAGCACAUUCUCAUUAUAUACUAUCG